AAGUUCCAGUAUAUGUUUUCCUGGCAGUUCACGUCGAUGUUCCCACAAGAACCAUGCAAGUACUGGUGCUGAUGGCCACGUGUAGAAACUGUAACCUGCUUGAAGUUGCUGAAAAUAGAAACGCAAUCAUACUACUUUGCAUAAAACACUAGCCAUUACAAACGUUUUGACAUUUGGUUUAAGUCUGGUGAAUAUGGCUGUGAAGAACGAGUUUCAGACUACCGUGUCGCGCAGAAAAGUUACAAGACCGGUGACUGUGUCAGUAAAGGAAGAAAGGAAGGCAUACUACAAAAAAAUUGCAAUAAUUCUUAAAAAACCGGAAGAAGUGCGAAGUGAGGAAGAAAAAACAUUAUUAUCGAGCUGCCGUGAACUUGUCAAAGAAAUCACCCGGAGGAUUGAAACAAGGCAGAAACUGAAAGAGCGAUCAAAGGAAAUUGAGGAUCCCCCAGAAGUUCUAACAGAGAAAUGUCACACUUUAGCAGAAGCCUUAAGAAAUUCACACCACCUUGUUGUAUACACUGGAGCAGGCAUAAGUACUGCAGCACAAAUUCCUGAUUAUCGAGGAAGCAAUGGAAUUUGGACACUAUUACAGCAAGGAAAAGAUAUUGGCCACCAUGACUUGACAAAGGCAGAACCAACACUAGCUCAUAUGGCACUAUUUGAACUGCAUCGUGUAGGCAUUUUGAAAUAUGUUGUGUCCCAAAACUGUGAUGGCUUGCAUUUGCGAAGCGGUCUCCCAAAACGUGCCUUGUCAGAGCUGCAUGGAAACAUGUAUCUAGAGGUUUGUUGCGAUUGCAAACCCAUCCGUGAGUACUGGCGACUGUUUGACGUCACCGAGAGGACAGCUAGGUUCAGCCACCGCACAAUGCGUCGCUGCUACGCCUGCUGCAGGCCAUUAGUAGACACUAUUGUCCACUUUGGUGAAACUGGAAAACUGAAAUGGCCAAUAAAUUGGUCUGGCGCAUGUCAGGCUGCUGAAAAAGCUGAUGUCAUCUUGUGCAUGGGAUCAAGUCUGAAGGUACUGAAGCGAUAUCGUAGACUGUGGAGAAUGGACCAACCAGCAAAGAGGAGACCAAAACUAUACAUAGUAAAUUUACAGUGGACUCCAAAAGAUGAUCAGGCUGUACUCAAAAUAAGUGGAAAAUGUGAUGAAGUUAUGAAAAAAGUGAUGGAAUACUUGGAACUGUCCAUCCCAGUGUACAGCAAAGAUAGAGACCCCAUUUUUGGCCACUUCACACCUUUGCAUCCAGCAGAAAAACACACUACUUCGAAGUCUUGCCUCAGUGUACCUCAAGUCACCAGCACAGGAAAUCACACAGUUUCUAAGGAGGAGUCUAAUACUACGUGUAUUUUAAGUGGUGAUAUUGAUUUUGAGGGAGGUAAUGCUGACACUGCAGUAUUACCAGUUAAGUCAGUAAAAAAUAAACACAGUCAGUUUCUUCAAAGUAACUGUUCAAUAAACAGUGCUGGUGAGUACAGUAUUAAAGAGAGAAGAGAGUGGAAGGAAAAUAUUAAACACUCUCCAGCAUUAAAUGCAAGUGUAGAAAUUCCUGUAGACGAUAAUUCAAUGAAGAGUGCUGACCAGAAUUUGUAUGUAGCUUAUGAGAAAAUGCCAUUGUUUUAUUUUAGUGUUGAGUCUGGUAAUGAAAUUGAUGACUGCCGAAUUAUCUGCAAGGAACAAGUUGGUGAAUUGGAAACAAAUUCUCCAAUAGAAAUUGUUUAUGAAGGUGUGAAAUUAAGACUUGGUGAGCAUCUUGUUGGUGGCGAUAACUGGUAUAAGUUGUCAUUGUCUUAUUGUUGUACAUGUCAUUUUGAUAAAAUAUCUGAUAAGCUACUGUCUGCAGAGGCAGGUCAUUUAUCAAAGUCUGAAAAUACUCAUUCAGACUUGCUAGAAAAAGGUGACUUUGCAGACAAAUUGCAUAGAAUAUUGCUUAACGUUAAUAAAAUGUCCGUUAAGCAGUGUGAUCUUGUUGCUUUCAAAAAUUCUUCUACGACAGGUAACGGUAACACUUCAGACAGAGAUAACGUGUGCACCUGCAACCAGAGGCCACAGGCUGAUAAAAUUUUCCAAUUAGUUGAUAGAUCUUUAUGUAAGGAAGUAAGUUCACAUUAUUUUAAAUAUAUCUUGGAAUGUGGUAAACAAAUUGUCCAGGAUGAGAGGACAGAUUGUGUUAAUUUGAAGCCCUUGCUCAGUAUUAAAAAUGAUAUUUGUGAUACAGGUGUAAGUUCCAAUGUUCAUAAUAGUCCUCACGUAGCAAAGCUCAGUUCGUGCCAUAGGCAGUGUCAUUUACACGGUGGCCUUCCACCUGAGGCCAAAAUCUCUUCUAGCAAAUUAGAUCGUGUUAACGAAUGUGUCUGUACUGUCGAUAAUUGUCUUUGUAACAGUUCGAGCUACUGCAGCUUCCAUGAAACUGACAGAGAAUUAAGGUUAAAAACAGUUUCAUCAAAUGCCACAAAUAUGUAUAAAAGUAAAUUAUCACGUAGUCAGAGAAAAAAGAGAACUAGGUACACUGUGUUGAAAACGCAACAUAAAGUGAACAGGAAAGUAGUGGAAAACAAGCUAAAUUUUAAUAAGAGUCAUACUAAGUGUGUAUUUUGCAAAUUUAACUUCAAUUCCAAUAUUUGCUUAUUUUACCGUCCUUCUGUACCUAAUUUCAAGAACAUAAACAAACUUAGUAAGGACUCAAAGAAUGAAAAAAUCUUGUCUGUUUGUGAAUGUUGUCAACAUACAGACGACAGCAGUGACACUGGAGAAAUUGAAUCUAGUGACACACUUCAGGACACACAAGCACCUAAAGCAGGUAGCAGCUUUCAGUCUGCUGAAGAUUAUAAUGAAACGUUGACCCAGAAAAUAGUCAUGACGAAAAAACCCAGCAACCCAGGAUGGUAUGGCAAAGGAUGUAGAAAAUUAAUAAAAAAGAAAAGGAGAUAGCAGUUUCAUGUUUUUUUCCUCAUUUGUAUGUGUUGUUUGUAAUGUAAUGUGUAAUGCUAGCAAAUGUGUCCAAAUGCUAAGAGUUGUCUUUCUGGUCUUCAAAUUUACCAGAAUCAUAUAUGCAGUGGUUCUUGCUAGCACUUGACUGAUUACAAUAUUCUGGUGCUUUCUUUCAACCAUAUAAUUUAGUGUUAAUUAUAAGUAAUUCUAUUUGUUCAGCGUUGUCUAUUUACAAACAUUCUGUGCAAAUAAAGUGUUUACAUCUUCA